UGGCUCUAGUUACUUCUAUGGAUUUUUCGAUCAAGCAUGGAAGGAAGGAAUGACCAAGGAUGAAGCUGAGCAACUAGUGGUGAAGGCAGUUUCCCUUGCCAUUGCUCGAGAUGGUGCUAGUGGUGGUGUUGUUCGCACUGUCAUUAUAAAUUCUGAGGGAGUGACAAGAAACUUCUACCCUGGGGACAAACUUCCAUUGUGGCAUGAGGAAUUGGAGCCGCAGAAUUCAGUCUUGGACAUACUCAACACUUCUAGUCCUGAGCCAAUGAACAUUUGAUGUGGAGGAUCUCAAUGUUGAUAGCUACACUAUUUAUUUCUUUUUGCUGCAAUCUCUGUUUUAUAGACAGGAACAGGAUUGAAAUCUUUUGUCUUGGAGAACAGUUCAUAUACCAUAUGUUGGUGGAUAUAUUUCUGAUUCAAUCUAAGGCUCUG